UACAUAGUGCAUUACAAGGAGAACAGUGACCCCGAGUGGACAUACCAGAGGACUCCCACCACCAGGGCCAUUGUGACCACGCUAGUGCCAAGCACGCAGUACAUGUUCAGGGUGGCAGCCGUGACCAGUCGAGGUGUGGGCAACUGGAGUGAGGUCAAAUCCAUCACACCAAAGAAAGCGCUGCCUCCACCCUCCGUCAUCGCUGACACCAUCACCAACGACUCCAUCAGCCUGUCGUUCAGCUUCAACUCCCAGAACGAGGUGAAGCACUACAUGGUGGUGCUGUCCUGGCUCUUCGACUCCCACGUCAAGGAGAGCAGGAACUACACGGUCCAGAAGGGGAUCCUCCGUGCGGCCAACCUGACGGCGGGGACAGUGUACGAGGUGGCGGUGUGGGCGCACACGGUCGUGGGGGACAGCCCCACCGCACUCUCCCGCCAGCAGACCACCGGCACCCAGCCCGAGGCCCCCCUGCUCAAAGCCCGGGCCCUGAACCAGACCAGCGUGGACUGCAGCUGGACCACCGCCGGCCUGCCGGCCCAGGUGUACGGUAUAUUCUACGCCACCUCGUUCCUGGACCUGUACCGUAGCCCCCGCAGCGCCAGCGGCAGUGGGGCGGCCGGCCAGACCACGGUCCAGGUGGAGCCCGACGAGCAGUACCUCUUCCUGGUCCGGGCCGUCUCCCCGUACCUGGGUCCGCCGUCAGCCUUCGCCGUGGUCAGGAUGAUCCCCAGCGAGAGACUGCCCCCCAGGAACCUCCACCGGGUGCAGGUGGGGCAGACCAGGACCACCCUGAAGUGGCAGCCCCCCUACGACUCCCCCGCCUCCCCCCUGACCUACGUGGUCCACGUGCGCGACGUGGUCCGCAAGGCGGAGCUGGACUACAAGCUGAGCAGCAGCAACAACACGGUGGAGUACUUGCUGAAGGGCCUGGAGCCGGGCGGCCGCUACAGCGUGACCGUCCGCCUGCGCAACAUGAGCAAGGAGGCCAGCCUCACGCUCACCACAGUGGCUCUGCCAGCGCCUGACGCCCUGAAGAUCAUCAGCGAGAAGGACCACGUGUUCCUGCUGUGGAAGAGUCUGGCCGUCAAGGAGAAGGGUUUCAACGAGAGCCGGGGCUACGAGGUGCACAUGUACGACAGCGUGAGCAACCAGACCAUGUUCCUGGGCAACACCACAGAGACUUUCUUCCGUAUCAACCGCCUGCUGGCCGGGCACAACUACAGCUUUUCUGUGCAGGCGCGCUGCCUGCUGGGCGGACAGCUGUGUGGGGAGCCCUGCUCCUUUAUGACCAGCUGGGCAAAGGGGCCCUGGCGGAGAGGGUUGAGGGCCCGUCGGAGGACGUGGCGGUGGUGGUGGUGCCCGUCCUGUUCCUGCUGCUGCUGGGGGCUUGCGGCGGACUGCUGGCACUCUACAUGCGCCACCGACGGCUGCAGAACAACUUCACCAACUUCGCCAACUCCCACUACAACUCCCGCCUGGGCUCGGCCAUCUUCUCCUCCGGGGACGAUCUAGGAGACGAUGACGAAGAC